GAACACUUUAUUUUAAAGCGGGCUGUUUAUAGCUGUUUGCCGUGGUUCCCAAUACUUACAAAUGGACUUUUUGAAUUGGCUCACUGGGUGGAAAAGAGAUUCUAACGAUGAUAGUCAGUUAGACUUCUCGUUCCUAUUUCCUGCCACCAUUGGAGUAGGAUCAAUAGUCAUUUGUCUUGUUGCCCGCUAUCGGAAUGAGUUAUUCGAUUUAAAAUCGACUAUGUUCCGAAAUACAAAGGAUGAAAACGUUUCUUCGCGUCGUGGCAACUCCUAUUCCAAUUUCAGGAAGAAGCCAAAGCAUUCCAACAAAUCUGAAUCAAAUGCUACUCAAAUUCGAAAAACGGAAGUUUCACAACCACUUGUAGUCGAGACACUAGCUCCAGUCUUACCUGUCCAACAAACAGAAUGCGCAUCAGUUCAGCCUAUUCAAAUUAAACAAGAAGCAGUCAGCGAGGCAACAGAUGGAAUUGAGGCUGAGUUCUUUAACCCCAUUCCAAAGAAGCAGAAAAAGUCCAAACGUUCAUCUAAAACGAAAGACGCCCUAAACCAUGGUUUGAAUGAACAAACUGAGAUCGAUCCAGCAUGGGUUACGGUCACUUCAAAAAAGGUAAAACUUUCCAGCCGCAACACUCAAAAGAAAAAGAACGUGGAUAGCGAAGGAGAUCAAUCAGUGUCGGAAAAUCACUCACCCAUUUCUUUUGCUGAGUCACCGAUCCAAAAUAAACAAGCAAACAAUAAGCAACAAGAGCUAUCCACUAGCAAUAAAUCUAACUCCUCCAUUGUAGAAAAUAAGUCUAUGAAUUUGGAAUUGAACACAGAUCAAUCAUGUCCUACUAAGCGGUCGAAAGCUCCUGCCCAAACUCAACCCAUGAAAACUGAACAUAAUGAGAAUACAAAGUUGGGUACCGUAAAUUCGCAUACUUCAACACCUUAUGAAGAGUUGUUGUACAAAAAUCUUGGUGCUGAAACAGUAACAGCCAUUCGAUCACUGAUUCUGAAUAGCGAAACCCAUACUUCACGUCCUUCUGAAAUCCCUUCUUCAUGUGAUGAGAUGAGUAAACAAAAAAUAUCGUCUGUGUCUCCCAAAAGUACGAAUAAUCUGCCCACAACAAGUGAACUUAUAUCACAGCAUAUGACAGCCCAGCUACAAGCGAAAGAAGCUGAAUGUCAGGUUUUGCGUACUGAAGUUGUCCAUUUAAGGGAUGAAGUAAAAAUACUGAAAACUCUAGCUCUUAAUCGUGUACCUGUCCAAAAGCCUAUGACUGAUGCUGAAACGAUGACUGAUCCAAUUGAAUCACCGGAUAUUAAAUCCUCGCUUCCUCAGCAAUCGACCGAUUCAGAUGCAGUUCUACUGUCGACUCUUCAAAAUGAAAUUGCCCGUUUAGUUAAAGAAGUGGUUAUCUAUCAACAACGUAGUGAAAAUUUGAAAAGUCGUUUGGAUACAGCCAAUAAGAAAUUAUCCGAUUCAAAAUCUAAAGCUGCUGAUGAAACUAAAUUAUUACAACAAACUUUAGAUACACAAUCGGAGAAAUUAUACAGUCUAGAGUCUGAAAAUAGUCGUUUAGAAAAAGAAUUAAAAGAUGUAUUACAGAAAGCUGAAAUUCAUCAUCGAAAAUCUGAGGAGGCUGAACACAAACUCACACAGCGUUUGGAGGAACUAGAAGUACUCCGACUAGAUAUCUCAUCUUUCAGGAGCAAAUGUGAGGCACUGGAAAACGGAAACUCUGUACUUCGGGGAGAGAAAGACAUUCUAACACUCAAAUUCGACGAAUUAACCAAUAAACAUUCCAGUGUUCUGUCCGAAUUGUCUGCAUCUCAAUCACAAUGUAACGUACUUCGUAGACAAAUAAGUGAAUAUGAUGAUCGUCUACGUCAAAUAAAUGAUCAACAUCAAAUUGUUGUAGAUGAUAUGAAGAAUCAGUUAACAUCAUUAUUAUAUAACCAUGAAACAAAGGAAAAAUCACAUAUCAAUAUGAUAAAUACAUUAGAAGCUAAACUAGAAAAGUUAACCAAUGAACAUAAUGAAUUAAAUAAAUUACUUAAACUACAUGAAAGUGAACUAGAACAUUUACGUACUGUUGAAAAAGUUACAGUAAUUCAAAGAACUAAUGAAGAUAAAUUUAUGCAAACUGUCGAUGAUAUUCAGAACAAUGAUCCUCAAACUGAUGAUGGCAAGUCAAGCAACAUUCAUUAUGAAACCAUUGUUAAAAUGAAUGAUCAUACAGGCCAAACAGAAUCGGAUCAAUUUAUUAUUAAGUCUAGUGAAUACAAAUCAUUACAAAGUCAAGUUGAUCAUUACAAGUCAGCGUUAGAUGCCACUGAAUCAAUGCUAUCUAAAUUACAAACGUCCGUGAAUGAAGAAGAAGCACGUUGGCACAAAGCAUUGGAUGCUGCAAAUAUUGAAAAUGAAUUGUUAAAAACGAAAUCAAUUAAACUUGAAGCUGCUUUGAAUGAAUUAAUAGAAGAUCGUAAUACUUUGACAACGACUAUCGAAGAGGUUAGUGCUAUUACUACAAAGUUGGUUGUUAUUUUUACGAGAGCAGUUAGUUUUUUAUAACAGAAAAAAAUUUAAAAAAUCACAUAUUCUGUAGAAAGUGUUAACUAUCCAUGCGAUAAUUGUAUUUCCUAAAAUGUGUGGUCUUUCCAAUACUUUUGAAAUUUUCUCAUUGGCUGCUCAUUUCACAUAAUUAGGAUAUUUAAUCAUCACAAAUAACUGGUUAUCAGUCUUCUGAUAAAUCGUUUCUCACUGAAGUGUCUACAAAUACCCAAUAAAAAUUUUCCAUCAUUGUCUUUGGAAGUUGCUUUCAAUCCUUUGUUAUUAUUGUAACUUACUUUGUCAGUAAUCAUAAUGGUUAUUAAAAUGUUUCAUGCCCAUCAAGGAAGAAGGUUUUUGUAUAAUUUCUCAUGUUAAUUAGUUUAGCCGGCGAGACUUUAAUUUGUGGACGAACCAAUGAGUUUAAAGAUAGCAAAUCUUGGAAUUGGACGCGAAAUUCAUUCAUCCACAAUGUUAAAUAGCAUUUUGGCAUUAUAGCUAAUGUUCUUGAUGAAUACCUUUACUUUAACGUAUAAUCUUAAAUUCUAAAUUCUACUCAUAAUUCCUCAUAUUACUUUACAACUUUCCUUUAACACUGGUAAGUAGGUGAAUUAUCUCAAAGUCACCCUAGCGUUUUUCGAAGAUCGUCCAUAACUUAUAGUCCCGCCAUUUAACCUUUCUUGGUAAACCUCAACAUUUGUUUUCCUUUAUAUCGGUAGAUCACUGUAUUAAAUUAAAAUACACUGGUGAGCACUGGUAAGCAGACUUCAGUAUAUGUAGUUCAUAAUGAACACAGUUCUUGAAUAUCACUCUCUAAUUAACUGUAGCUGGCCUCAUUAUCCUUUUUUAUCGAGCCAGUGUCAUAGCUGUUACCCUUAACUAUUCUUUAAAAAAUCAGUUAUUAAAUAAGUCGCUGUACAGAUUUCUCGUUAGGCUACUCAAAAAUUAAUAAUUUGAAAUUCAAACUUUCUAUAGUUAAUUGUUGUAAUGAAAAGAUCUUUGUUUACUGAAUGAUAAUUAUUGAUAGUCUACAUCAGUUUUAUUACUUUUUCGCAUUAUCAGCUUCGUAAAAACAGAGAGUUUAACAAUUGUAAUCUGAUUGAAACUUCGACUGAUAAUUCUCUGACAACAUCCAUCAGUACGGAAAAGAAGGUGAACAAUUCGUCAUCCAUUUCACCGUCACCAUCCUCGCCAUUAUCAACAUCAGCGACAACAACUGAUGAUGCUGAUGAACAAAACAUGUCCAAAUCCGAAUUGAUACGCUUAGUUGCUAAAUUACGUAAUCUUGUUGAAGUGGAACGUAAUGCAUUAAAACAAGAACAAUCAUUAUCAGCCGAGUUAAGAACAAAAUUAAACGAUACCGACUCACAUGAUGAUCAGAAUUAUAAUUAUUCAAAUAAUAAUUGUUCAGAAGAGAACACGUGCUUAAUUAAUAGUCCUACAGAAACUAUAGAAAAUGCUAUAAACUAUCAUAAUAAUUCUGGUGAUGAUCAUUAUACCAAUACGAAAACUAAUUCUCUGCAUAAUCAUCCAAAAUGUGGUCUACUAGAAACUGAUGAUGUCAAAUCUGAACAAUUAAACAAUUGUUUUGAUGUAAUAUCAAAAAUUCCAGAUUGUAUUCCUCAACGUGAAAUAUCGUCGAAUGACAGUGGUUACAUUGUUCUAUCCAAUGGUAUACAUAAGGAAUUAAAUGGACAAGCCAAUCAUGAUCAAAUUGAUAGUAAUAAUGCUGAUGAUAAUAAUUAAUAUGAAACUGCAAUAUAAAUAUGAAUUUUUCUAUCUAUAUGUUUUUUCUUUUCUGUUCCUCCGUUUCUGAACUUUUCUGUUUGUUGCUUUCUUUCUUUAUUGUGUUAAUUUCACUUACAGUCUUCUUUCAACUAAUGUUUUGCAAAUUUGUAAUCAGGUAGGAAAAAGUAUAAAAAAUAAAAGAGAAUCGAAAUGAAUAAUUUCUUCAUUUGAUCUAUCUUCUUGUUUCCUUAAUGAUUUGUCAUAUAUUUGAUAAUUUGGGAUUUGUUGUAAUAUUUAAUAUUGGGUUUAUAUUCUCUCUCUGUGUGUGUGUGUGUGGACAGUUUUGUGAAACGUGCGUGCAAUGUUUUAGGCGCACCUGGUGAUUACUGCCACUUGUGAAAUUAGUUCUAUUUAUAAUUUAUUAAAACAAUAAUUGAUAUUGAAUUAUACUCUUUCUUCAUUUGAGUAAAGUAAAGAGAACAUAUCUAGUUAUUGCAUAGGUGAAUUUAGUCUACAAAAAGUUACUUUGUAUUUCUGGUAUAUUUUCUGUUGUUGUAAAUAAUAUUUUUUUUUGUUGCAAUCUAUCAAUAUUUACUGAAGUAUGCUCAUUCAGAAUUCCUUAUGGUUGUUUAUAUUCACUAUAUAACCAUUAUACACACGGUAAAUUGAAAACGUUUAAGUAGUUGUAUACGAAAAAAAGAGAUAAGUCAGUUUCACAUACUGACUGAAAAUAUACUGCAUUCUAUUGAUCAUCUCUCCAAAAGUGCCUUGAGUUUUUUUUCUUACAAACAGUUUUAAAAUAUCUACUUCACAUGUUUAUUAUAUGAGAGAUAUAACGGGAUGUUUACAAAGCUUUCCUACUGUAAUACUACUGGUCUAAAAUGCUUAGUGUUUUCUACUGUGGUUAUUUUGAUUGUAAUGAUGAUUAGUUGUUAUUCAUUAGGUGAUCAGACAUAUGAUCCUUGUUGUAUUCAUUUCUUUUCUUUAUUUUCCUCUAAACAUUCAUAUUUUCGUUUCUUUUUUUAAAAAACAGUGAUUUUGUGUGUGUUUUUUUUAAAAAAUUUAUGGACACGAAAAGCAACUGGAACUAAUUUAUCUGAGGACUUCAUCACUUUUCUCCCUGUCUUUCUUUACCUUUACGUUAAAUUAUUUGUGGAUAGGCUUAGAUAUGUAUCCUUUUUUAUUCUUCCACUUCGUUUUUUAUUCGUUACAUUCUUUUGUUCGUAUAUUUUUACACUUACUUGAACAUUGAUAAAUUGUACGUGUUAUAGCUGAGAAGGUUAAUCAUAAUUAAAUUAACUUUUGCGCUAUAGUUUAGUAAUGACUGAAAAGUUCUAGUGUGAUGUAUGCUUCUCUUUAUAUUCUUCAAUUUCUUUUUCGUACUCUAUGUUUGUGAAAUCAUUAAAUUUUGUAAUAAAUUUGUUGUUUUUUUGCUGAAUGAAAUAAUUUAUUAUUU